AUGAAACACAUUGCCGAAAUUCCAAUUCCGGACAACUUGAGCGAAGUUCAAAAAGCAGAAUAUCAAGCCUUCCGUGAUGCAAUGACAGAUAUUGAGAACGAAUGGGAAGCCCUUGAAAAUGGAACAAAUCCUGAUCAAAAAUCUUGCAUCGAUCUAGUGAAAGACAUCAAAAAGAAGAGACAUGCUCAGGCUGAGGAGAGACUCAAGAUCAAGUUAGAUGUUAUUGAAGAGCAAAUGAAAAGAGAAUCUGAAAGAAUUAAAACAGAACUUGAAGAAUACAAGAAAUUACUUUUCGAGAGACUCAUGAGAGCAUAUUAUCAGUCGUAUCAGACAAUUACAAGCCAGCUCAAGGACCUCCUUGGCAAAGACUAUCAAAAUUUCAUUUCAGCUCAUCCAAUAGAUUUCCCAACUGUACCAUCAGAAGGACAGAUGAAGACAAGAACGCAGCAGCCAGACGAAGGAAAGCCAAGAUUAUCUUCUGUCGAUGUUGAAAAAGAUGUUCAUCAAAUCCAAGAGAUAUUGGCUGGAAAACCAUCUGAUUACUAA